AAGUGAAACGUUCCCCUUCUACAGUUUGACACAAUCUUCAUGGAUUUAUCUCGUUUGGAUGUCCAGCCAAGUAACAGCGGCCGAGUGUGAACUGCACAGGGUUCCUUUGUACACACAGGCAUCCGCAUCACGCCAUGUCCCCAUCAGUUCCCCUACAGGAGAUGAUCCGGGCCAUCCGGUCAGCCCGGACCCAGUGUGAGGAGCGCGGUGUCAUCCAGAGGGAGUGUGCUGCCAUCCGGGCUCAGUUCAGGCAAAGCGACAAUGGGGGACGCUCACACAACCUGGCCAAGCUGCUCUACGUGCACAUGCUGGGCUACCCUGCCCAUUUUGGUCAGAUGGAGUGCGUUCGCAUGAUAGCCAGUCCUCGCUACAGUGAGAAACGAGUGGGAUAUCUGGGAGCCAUGAUGCUCCUGGAUGAGAAGCAGGACGCCAGCCUACUCAUCACUAACUCCAUCAAGAAUGACCUUUCUCACAGUAACCAGUAUGUGCAGUCUCUGGCUCUGUGCACGCUGGCCUGUAUGGGCUCAGCUGAGAUGUGCAGGGAUCUGGCACCGGAGAUCGACAGGUUGCUGCAAUCGUCUAACUCCUACAUUAAAAAAAAGGCUGCUUUAUGUGCUGUACACAUUGUAAGAAAAGUCCAGGAUCUGGGAGAGCUCUUCGUUCCCGCUGCUCGUUCCCUCCUCAGCGAGAAGAACCACGGUGUGCUGCACGGCGCCGUGGUGCUCAUCACCCAGCUGUGCGAGCGGAACCCGGAAACGCUGAAACGCUUCAGAAAGACAGUGCCAGAUCUAGUUCAGAUCAUGAAAGGCCUGAUCAUUUCAGGGUAUUCUCCAGAGCAUGACGUGUCGGGAAUUAGUGAUCCUUUCCUGCAGGUCCGCAUCCUGAGGUUGCUGAGAAUCCUCGGUCGCAACAGUGAAUCUGCGAGUGACGCCAUGAACGACCUCUUAGCUCAGGUGGCGACCAACACUGACAGCACCAAGACUGUGGGCAACGCUGUGCUUUACGAGACUGUUCUCACCGUCCUGGACAUCAAGUCAGAGAGCGGCCUCAGAGUUCUGGCCGUUAACAUUCUGGGCAGGUUUCUCUUGAACAGUGACCGAAACAUUCGGUACAUUGCCAUGACUUCCCUUCAGAAGAUCGUUGGAACGGACCACAAUGCAGUGCAGCGCCACCGGGGAACUAUAGUAGACUGCCUGAAGGACCAGGAUGCAUCUGUCAAGCGGCGGGCCUUGGAGCUCUCCUUGGCUCUGGUGUCAGCCUCCAACAUCCGCUCCAUGAUAAAGGAACUCCUCCUCUUCCUUUCCUCCUGUCCUCCUGAGCUCAAGGCUCAAGCUACCAGCGGCAUCUUUAUUGCUGCUGAGAGGUAUGCACCCUCCAAGCGCUGGCACAUAGACACCAUCCUGCAUGUCCUCACUACGGCAGGGGGCGACGUGAGAGAUGAAACCGUACCCAACCUGAUUCAUCUCAUUACCAAUGCCUCAGAGCUGCACUGUUACACUGUCCACAAGCUGUACCGGGCUCUGCUGACUGACAUCUCUCAGCAAUCCCUGGUGCAGGUGGCGUGCUGGUGUAUCGGAGAGUACGGGGACCUGCUGCUGAAAGGAGAGUGCCAGGAAACCGAACCUGUGCAGGUGUCGGAGGACGAUGUCCUGGACGCCUUGGAAACAGUUCUUCAGUCGCACAUGUCGUCCUCAGCGACCAGAGGCUUUGCUCUCACCGCCACCAUGAAACUGAGCACACGUAUCACUGACAACGUGGACCGGAUCCGGAGCAUCGUGAGCAUCUACGGGAGCUGCAUAGACGUGGAGCUCCAACAGAGAGCAGUUGAAUACAAUGCACUCUUCAAAAAAUACGACCACAUGAGGGCAGCGGUGCUAGAGAGGAUGCCUCUGAUUGAGAAAAACAACUCAGGAAAUACCAACGGGGAGGCCACCAGGGAGACCCUCACUGAGACAAACUCCUCCAAAGUUGCACAGGAAGAGCGAGUGCCGCCGCCGCCACAGCAGCCCGCCAAACAGACGUAUGAUCUAUUAGAUUUACUUGGAGGCGCUUCGGAGCCGCUCCAGCAAAGCCCUGCAGCGCAGACCCUCCCCAUCAUCACAUCCAGCUCUGCUGGAGGAGACCUGCUGGAUCUGUUGGGCGGACUGGAGCCCACCCCAGCUCCCGUCACACCGGCUCCCUCAGCGACUGUGUAUGAGAAAGAUGGCGUGACUUUGACACUAAGUUGUGAGCAGCAGUCAGACUCCUCCUUGGCUGUUACGCUCACAGCCACCAACGCCUCCCAGUCAGACAUCAGCGGCUUCACCCUGCAGGCCGCAGUGCCCAAGAGUGUGCAGUUAAACAUGAAUGCCCCCAGCAGGGACUCUCUGCCUGCACAAGGUGCAGCUCAACUGACCCAGUUGGUGAUGCUUAACAACCCAAACAAGGUUAAUCUGAAAAUGAGGAUCCGCAUCUCGUACACCAGGCAAGGAUCGGCCUUUCAGGAUAUGGUUCAGGUCGACUCCCUUCCCGGACUCGGCGCCGCCGGUCACACUUAGAAAGAAAGCGCACCCGGUUUGGGUUUUGAGAUCCCUGCAUCAAGACGUCAUCUGGUCUUUAGCAUGUCUCAAAUUGGAUAGGUGCAAACUCAGAGGAAUAACAGCCUAUGACUUGUCUUUUUGUUUUGUUUUUUAAAGCCAAAACUUAAAAUCACUGUGUGACAAACCCAGAUCACUCCAUCGUGUGCGUGGAAUGAAUCCUUCUCUGCAUGACUCUGUGUGUCUUUCAUGUCAUUUUAGCCUUUUCUCUUUUCAGCUGCAUCAAAUUAGCAUUAUUUCUAACGCUUGUGGUCAUCUGUUUGACCCACUUUUAACUCCUGCACACGUUUGAUUAACGCCCAAAUGGUUCCAGGCUACAAAACGACUCCAUACCAGCAUACCUCCGCCAUCUUGUUUUUCUGUUAACGUCCUACCUUUUUGUUUACCAUUAUAAACACUCCUAUUUUGUCCUCACCCACUACAUUUCUGUGGAUUCUUUAUAUUGACAGUAUGCACAAGAAAUCUGAAGGCAUCUCUGCCAAGUCUGAGAAAUCGGGCUUUGUGAAGAAUGUUUUUUUCUUUUCCACAGAAAACAGUAUGGAGAACCGGAUAUUUUUCUACUCAUCUACAGUAGAAUCUCUGCAUCUUGUUAUAACAGGACACUCAGGAAUUAAAGAGCCUAAUAUAAUAGUAAUACAUUAUUUUAUUCGAUAUAAAAAGCCACUUUUCAAGAUCUCUACUAAGAAAAAAUUUCAAAACUAACCUCAAUGUGUUCUUUUAAAGAAGGUUGUUUUUAAAAGUCUUUAUUUGUUCUUUGAUUUCUGCAUAAAUAUGACUGGAAAUAACUUAUUUUAUUUGGGAAGACAACAUAAAAGGCCAAGAUGCCACAAAAAUAUUGUUUUUUUGGGGGGCUUUAUAAGCCAUUUUGAAGUCAACUUUAGAAGCUUGCUAGAAAAUUCCAGCUUCUUAAAACAUUUUUUUUAAAUGUUCUACUUCUAUUUGACGAUCUUUGAAUUUGAAUGAACUGUGUUGUAAUUUGUCUAAAUUUUGUAUUUUUCAUUUACUUUAAGCAAUCUCCGAUCCGCCGUGUUUUUCUGUUUAAUCCAGACAUCGAUUUACCACAAUCUACUUUUUUCCAUUUGAACACAAAAAAGGUGAGUUUUAAAGUCAUAUUGAUGCAGAAAGGGGACAAAAUAUCACUGAUUUUGACUUUAAAGCACCAUGCUUCUUGUCUAGCUUUAACAUAUUUUCAAUGUAAGGAAAAACAUUUUUUUUAGAGCCAAUAACAAAUGUUUGUGAAGCACUCCCUUUAAACUCCCUGAACUUCUUUGCCUAUUUUUUUUAACUGUCUUUUCACUUCUAAGAGUAGAAAACACAAACAACCCAGCCUGCACUCGUGUAUUUAUCAGUGAAUCCAUUGCACUAUAAUUUAUUUGGUGAAGGAUUUGAAUGGUGAUUGUAUAUGAAGCUUUCAUUUGGAUCAAGCUGGUGUUUGACCUCAUUAGUUUUUUCUUUCCUGUGCCUUUUCUUACUUUAUGAAAAAGAAAUAUUGCCUCCCUGGCCAAAUAAAAAGUCAGCUUGUUUUAACUCUUUGUGCCAUCCUAGGUACUUUAACAUUGGGAGUGGGGUCAACUGGACCCCACAAGAACCUUUUUUCUUCAAUGAUUUGUGAUCUUCACUGGUGUCCAUGGAUUAAAUGAAAUCCUCUCCACCUUUAUCCACGUGUGUCACGGUAGGGAGAACACGUCAAUGUAAAGAUGGGGUCAACUGGACCCCACAAGAACCUUUUUUCUUCAAUGAUUUGUGAUCUUCACUGGUGUCCAUGGAUUAAAUGAAAUCCUCUCCACCUUUAUCCACGUGUGUCACGGUAGGGAGAACACGUCAAUGUAAAGAUGGGGUCAUCUGGACCCCACAAGACAGCACAAGGGUUAAAACUACAGCGUCAUUAUUUUUAUAAUUAUCUUUUAUCCAAACGGGACUCUUAUCUGUGAAAAAGAGAUGUCAUGGUCCUCAAACCACUUUCACUUUUGAACCUGAUCAAACCUGCAAAUCAUGUUUGGACCAUUUGUUGACUAAGCUACACAAACCAGGUUAUUGAUUUUAUUGUAAAAUGUAUGGAAGCACAAGUAGUUACAGAUUUACUGAAUAAAGAUUUUAUGCAAAGCAGUCUUAAGUUGAAGAAGUUUCACAAAUAUGUUCACAAAACCACUUUUACUUUUUUUUUUUUUAGAAACAGGAUACAUGUCAAUCGACCUGACUUUUUUUUGCAUUGACUUCACUACUUUAAUGUAAAGAAAAGACCGGAGAGAAUUUACUGUCAGCUGUUUGGCUUGUCUUUUGAAGAUUCUCUUUUCUAAUAAAGAAAAUACAUCUACAAA